CAGAGAGUUGAGAGUACUUAGAUUGAGUGCCAUCUUUUGCCCCCUUGUCUACACAAAGAUGUGACAAUGAGCACUAAAUGUUUUUGCGGAGCUUCAGGUUAUUUGGUUAGAGAUCUAGUCUUGAAGUUUAUUGAUAUUGUUGCAUAUUUUUGUUCUGUUUCCUCAUGUCUGUGGUUUUCUUCUCACUUACUAAGUUAAGACAGGAUUUCCUGGUCUCAGACACUUCAUUUCAUGCUUUCGCUAUUAAGAGAAAAUAAAUCCUUUUCACAAACAACACCAAAGGAGACUCUGCAUCUAUCAUCCAUCUCAGGCAUUACUGGCAUCAUUGCUCAUGGCUUGCUUCACAAUGCUUCUGCUUCAGCUGUUGAUAAGUCUCUUGCUGAUCAGCCUUUCUCAUGGUGACCACUGUCCUCUUCAGCUCGACCCACAGAGAGCUGUUGUGAGAUAUGGCGGUUCUGUUGAAGUUACCUGUAACACUUCAGUCGCCCAUAAAGGGAUGGGAUGGGAAGCCAGUGAGGGAGGAGUGCCUAUGACCAAAAAACAGAAUCUGAUCACAUGGAGAGUGUCAGAACUGACAGAAUGGGACAUAAAGCCAUUCUGCUACAUAAAUCCAAACAAAGGUGCACAGUGUCUAAUAGAGCUCCCGGUCACAGUUUACAAGACUCCAGACAGUGUGUCCAUCAGCACUGUGAAUCACAGAGGACCAAUGAUAGAGGGACAGCAGUAUGAGCUCCAGUGUGACGUUCAUGAUGUGGCUCCUGUUCAGUAUCUCACUGUCAAAUGGUACAAAAAUCAGACUCGGCUGAAUCAAACCACCUUCAGUGACACUGACAAGACUCCAGAGAAUAAAACUGUCACACUCCUGAUCCGUCCAGACAGAGAUGAUAACAGAGCUCAAUACUGGUGUGAAGCAGAGCUGGAUCUGGGAGCAGAAGGACCUCAACCUUCUCCUAAAUAUUCAUCAAAACCUCUCAGCAUUACUGUAUAUUAUGCUCCAAUAAUUCAGUUUUGUAGAGACUGGUCACCAUUGACAGGGACCUCAUUGGAUUCAUAUCCUUUAAAUUUAUAUUCUGUUGAGGGUAACCCUCAUCCAGACAUCUCCUGGAGACACAAAUCAUCACCUGUCCGUUCCUCUAUGCCUCUUACCAGAUAUGAUUCUGGCCUAUAUGAAAUCAUUGCCAGGAAUGACCUGAAUAAUGUCAGCUGUUUCAUGAACAUAAUAGUCGAGUAUCCUCCAGAACUGAACUGCAACAAGAGCUAUGAAGUAAAAGAAAAAACACCCUUCAAACUUCCUUGCAAAGCCGAUGGAUUACCAAAGCCUGAAUAUUUCCUCUACAAAAAUGGGAAAAUUAUCCAGCAUGACUUUUAUCCCAAUUGGAAUGAUAGUGGCUUGUAUCAAUUAACUGCACAUAACCAACACGGAACUAGUAAUUCUACAUUCACCAUCAAGAUCCUUCAUGCUCCAAUAAUUCAGUUUUGUAGAGACUGGUCACCAUUGACAGGGACCUCAUUGGAUUCAUAUCCUUUAAAUUUAUAUUCUGUUGAAGGUAACCCUCAUCCAGACAUCUCCUGGAGACACAAAUCAUCACCUGUCAGUUCCUCUAUGCUUCUUACCAGAUAUGAUUCUGGCCUAUAUGAAAUCAUUGCCAGGAAUGACCUGAAUAAUGUCAGCUGUUUCAUGAACAUAAUAGUCAAGUAUCCUCCAGAACUGAACUGCAACAAGAGCUAUGAAGUAAAAGAAAAAACACUCUUCAAACUUCCUUGCAUAGCCGAUGGAUUACCAAAGCCUGAAUAUUUCCUCUACAAAAAUGGGAAAAUUAUCCAGCAUGACUUUUAUCCCAAUUGGAAUGAUAGUGGCUUGUAUCAAUUAACUGCACAUAACCAACACGGAACUAGUAAUUCUACAUUCACCAUCAAGAUCCUUCAUGCUCCAAUAAUUCAGUUUUGUAGAGACUGGUCACCAUUGACAGGGACCUCAUUGGAUUCAUAUCCUUUAAAUUUAUAUUCUGUUGAGGGUAACCCUCGUCCAGACAUCUCCUGGAGACACAAAUCAUCACCUGUCCGUUCCUCUAUGCCUCUUACCAGAUAUGAUUCUGGCCUAUAUGAAAUCAUUGCCAGGAAUGACCUGAAUAAUGUCAGCUGUUUCAUGAACAUAACAGUCGAGUAUCCUCCAGAACUGAACUGCAACAAGAGCUAUGAAGUAAAAGAAAAAACACCCUUCAAACUUCCUUGCUUAGCCGAUGGAUUACCAAAGCCUGAACAUUUCCUCUACAAAAAUGGGAAAAUUAUCCAGCAUGACUUUUAUCCCAAUUGGAAUGAUAGUGGCUUGUAUCAAUUAACUGCACAUAACCAACACGGAACUAGUAAUUCUACAUUCACCAUCAAGAUCCUUCAUGCUCCAAUAAUUCAGUUUUGUAGAGACUGGUCACCAUUGACAGGGACCUCAUUGGAUUCAUAUCCUUUAAAUUUAUAUUCUGUUGAGGGUAACCCUCGUCCAGACAUCUCCUGGAGACACAAAUCAUCACCUGUCCGUUCCUCUAUGCCUCUUACCAGACAUGAUUCUGGCCUAUAUGAAAUCAUUGCCAGGAAUGACCUGAAUAAUGUCAGCUGUUUCAUGAACAUAACAGUCGAGCAUCCUCCAGAACUGAACUGCAACAAGAGCUAUGAAGUAAAAGAAAAAACACCCUUCAAACUUCCUUGCUUAGCCGAUGGAUUACCAAAGCCUGAAUAUUUCCUCUACAAAAAUGGGAAAAUUAUCCAGCAUGACUUUUAUCCCAAUUGGAAUGAUAGUGGCUUGUAUCAAUUAACUGCACAUAACCAACACGGAACUAGUAAUUCUACAUUCACCAUCAAGAUCCUUCAUGCUCCAAUAAUUCAGUUUUGUAGAGACUGGUCACCAUUGACAGGGACCUCAUUGGAUUCAUAUCCUUUAAAUUUAUAUUCUGUUGAGGGUAACCCUCGUCCAGACAUCUCCUGGAGACACAAAUCAUCACCUGUCCGUUCCUCUAUGCCUCUUACCAGACAUGAUUCUGGCCUAUAUGAAAUCAUUGCCAGGAAUGACCUGAAUAAUGUCAGCUGUUUCAUGAACAUAACAGUCGAGCAUCCUCCAGAACUGAACUGCAACAAGAGCUAUGAAGUAAAAGAAAAAACACCCUUCAAACUUCCUUGCUUAGCCGAUGGAUUACCAAAGCCUGAAUAUUUCCUCUACAAAAAUGGGAAAAUUAUCCAGCAUGACUUUUAUCCCAAUUGGAAUGAUAGUGGCUUGUAUCAAUUAACUGCACAUAACCAACACGGAACUAGUAAUUCUACAUUCACCAUCAAGAUCCUUCAUGCUCCAAUAAUUCAGUUUUGUAGAGACUGGUCACCAUUGACAGGGACCUCAUUGGAUUCAUAUCCUUUAAAUGUAUAUUCUGUUGAGGGUAACCCUCAUCCAGACAUCUCCUGGAGACACAAAUCAUCACCUGUCCGUUCCUCUAUGCUUCUUACCAGAUAUGAUUCUGGCCUAUAUGAAAUCAUUGCCAGGAAUGACCUGAAUAAUGUCAGUUGUUUCAUGAACAUAACAGUUGAGUAUCCUCCAGAACUGAACUGCAACAAGAGCUAUGAAGUAAAAGAAAAAACACUCUUCAAACUUCCUUGCAUAGCCGAUGGAUUACCAAAGCCUGAAUAUUUCCUCUACAAAAAUGGGAAAAUUAUCCAGCAUGACUUUUAUCCCAAUUGGAAUGAUAGUGGCUUGUAUCAAUUAACUGCACAUAACCAACACGGAACUAGUAAUUCUACAUUCACCAUCAAGAUCCUACUUGCUCCAAUAAUUCAGUUUUGUAGAGACUGGUCACCAUUGACAGGGACCUCAUUGGAUUCAUAUCCUUUAAAUGUAUAUUCUGUUGAGGGUAACCCUCGUCCAGACAUCUCCUGGAGACACAAAUCAUCACCUGUCCGUUCCUCUAUGCCUCUUACCAGAUAUGAUUCUGGCCGAUAUGAAAUCAUUGCCAGGAAUGACCUGAAUAAUGUCAGUUGUUUCAUGAACAUAAUAGUCGAGUAUCCUCCAGAACUGAACUGCAACAAGAGCUAUGAAGUAAGAAAUAAAACACUCUUCAAACUUCCUUGCAUAGUCGAUGGAUUACCAAAGCCUGAAUAUUUCCUCUACAAAAAUGGGAAAAUUAUCCAGCAUGACUUUUAUCCCAAUUGGAAUGAUAGUGGCUUGUAUCAAUUAACUGCACAUAACCAACACGGAACUAGUAAUUCUACAUUCACCAUCAAGAUCCUACAUGCCCCAGUGUUUUAUGACAGCCAAGAGAAAUUUGUUAUGGAAGAAGGCAGCAAUAUAACGCUAGAGUGCAACACCACUGGUAACCCUGAACCUGAGGUGUGGUGGAGCUUCAAAAAUAGGAACAUUUCCACUGGGGGGCGCCACUUUAACAUUGAGAGAGCCACGUCUACCAGUGCUGGAGUUUACACAUGCAGUGCCACGAAUAAAUUUGGACGCAAUGACAAGACCUUCAUAGUGGAGAUAAAAGCUUUGGACUAUGUCUUUCCCAACUACAUUCUAAUUGUUGUAGUGGUAUUUGCACUGCUUGCUGUAAUCAUCAUUUUAGUGGUCGUAAUAUGGAGGAGGAGAAAAUCAAGUGGACAUUAUGAGAUAGGCCUACGGUCAGAAAUGCAGCCGUUAAGCAAUGGGAGCCUUUAGUGAGUUUUAUCUUGUUUUAAUAGGUUGAAAUAUGCUUAAAAUUGAAAAAAGACAAAAUAUUGGGAACAUCAUUGAGGUUACAAUAAAUAAACACAUUCUAUAAAUGUCUGUGGUGUAACCUGUAAGUUAUCUUGUCACAUGACAACAAAAUGUUUUGCGGUAUGUUGGUUAUGGUUAUUUGCUGUACAGUAUCACUCUUAGAAGAAAAUUUUAAAAACUGUGGGGGUAUUCUAUAAAUUUACAUUUACAUUUUUGAAACUUUUUGAAAAGGUUCUAAUUGGAACCUUCGAUUAAAGAGGCAUUAAUGACC